UUUCUUCAUUUCCGUCACUAUAUUCUAAAAGCAACUCUUUUUCCUCAUUUCUUUUUUCUGGAUAUAAUAAUUCAACAACAAUUUCUAAUUUAUUUAAUCCAAUUUUUAAUAACAAAUAAACUUUGGGUCUCUUUUCUUUGUUAAACAACGAACAAACCCUAGAUCUGUUCUUCCUGCAAAUUUUAGGAUUUUUGAAUCUUCUUUUUUCAAUCGUUUUAGAUCUUCUGGAUAUUAUCGCCAAGUUGUGUAUAUAGGAAGCGAUAUUGGAAUUUGGGGGAAAAGAUAUCUGUAGUUGUUACUGUUGUUAGUGGAUUGAUUUGAAGGAAUAGAGAGAAAGAACUGGAAUUCGUAAAAAAAGGGGGACAAAAUGAUGUCAAGAUCGUAUACCAAUCUUUUAGAUCUAGCUUCAGGGAAUUUUCCUGCGAUGGGGUUGGGGCGGGAGAAAAAGCGGCUUCCGAGGGUGAUGACGGUGGCGGGAGUGAUAUCGGAGCUAGACGAUGAUCAGGCGAAUAGUGUAUCAUCUGAUGUACCAUCUUCGAUUGUACAAGACCGUGUGAUCAUUGUAGCGAAUCAGUUACCGGUGAGGGCGAAGAGGAGACCGGAUAAUAAGGGGUGGAGUUUUAGUUGGGACGAGGAUUCGUUACUGUUGCAUUUGAAGCAUGGGUUGCCGGAGGAAAUGGAGGUUUUGUAUGUAGGGUCUUUGAAGGUGGAAGUGGACUUGGAUGAACAAGAUGAUGUUUCACAGAUUUUGUUGGAGAAGUUUAAAUGUGUGCCGGCUUUCUUGCCCCCGGAUAUUCAUACCAAGUUUUACCAUGGGUUCUGCAAGCAUCAUUUAUGGCCUCUUUUCCAUUAUAUGCUGCCCUUUUCGGCUAGUCAUGGUGGGCGUUUUGAUCGGUCAUUGUGGGAAGCAUAUGUGGCUGCCAAUAAAAUUUUCUCUCAGAGGGUGAUUGAGGUUAUUGAUCCUGAGGAUGAUUAUGUCUGGAUUCAUGAUUACCAUCUGAUGGUCUUGCCAACUUUCUUGAGAAGACGAUUCAUCAAAUUGAGGAUGGGAUUCUUUCUUCACAGCCCGUUUCCUUCUUCAGAGAUUUACAGGACUUUGCCUGUGAGGGAGGAGAUCCUUAAGGCAUUGCUUAAUGCUGAUCUUAUUGGAUUCCAUACCUUUGAUUAUGCUCGUCAUUUUCUGUCUUGUUGUAGUCGGAUGUUAGGCCUGGAGUAUAAAUCGAAAAGGGGAUAUAUUGGAUUAGAAUAUUAUGGUAGGACUGUUGGAAUAAAAAUUAUGCCAGUUGGGAUACAUAUGGGUCAGAUUGAGUCGGUUUUGAGGCUUGCCGAUAAAGAGUGGAGAUUGAAGGAGCUCAAACAGCAAUUUGAAGGGAAGACUGUGCUGCUUGGUGUUGAUGAUAUGGAUAUUUUUAAAGGGGUCAACUUGAAGCUUUUAGCUAUGGAGCAAAUGUUGAAGCUACACCCAAAGUGGCAGGGAAAAGCAGUUAUGGUUCAGAUUGCAAAUCCCUCCAGAGGAAAAGGGAAGGAUCUCGAAGAGAUUCAGACUGAAAUUGAAGCUAGCUGUAAGAGAAUUAAUGAAACCUUUGGACGUCCUGGCUAUGAACCCAUUGUUUUUAUCGAUAGACCAGUUUCCCUGAGUGAAAGAGCUGCAUAUUAUACUGUUGCUGAGUGUGUAGUUGUCACUGCAGUCAGGGAUGGAAUGAACCUUACUCCGUAUGAGUACAUUGUCUGCAGGCAAGGGGUUUCUGAAUCUUCAUCUGGUUCAUCAUCUAGUAGCCCCAAGAAGAGUAUGUUGGUCGUGUCAGAAUUCAUAGGCUGUUCUCCUUCUCUGAGUGGUGCUAUCCGGACAAAUCCAUGGAAUGUGGAUGCAACAGCUGAGGCUAUGAAUGAGGCUAUCUCUAUGAAUGAUGCUGAAAAGCAGCUGCGCCAUGAGAAGCAUUACAGAUAUGUUUGCACACAUGAUGUGGCAUUCUGGUCAAGAAGCUUUUUCCAAGAUCUUGAGAGGACUUGCAGGGACCAUUUCAGGCGACGCUGCUGGGGGAUUGGGUUGGGUUUUGGUUUUAGGGUAGUGGCACUUGACCCUAAUUUCAGAAAGUUGACUAUUGAUGCUAUAGUCUCAGCAUUCUCUAGGUCUAAAAGCAGGGCCAUUCUAUUGGAUUAUGAUGGCACUAUGAUGCCGCAGACAUCCAUUGACAAGAAGCCCAGUCAAGAGGUAAUAAGUAUCAUAAACUUGUUAUCUGCAGACCCCAGAAACACAGUUUUUAUUGUCAGCGGAAGAGGAAAAGAUAGCUUAGGAAAAUGGUUUUCACCUUGCAAAAAGGUUGGCAUUGCAGCUGAACAUGGAUACUUUAUGAGAUGGAGUGCGGAAGAUGAAUGGGAAAUGUGCGGUCAGAAUUGUGAUUUUGGAUGGGUGCAGAUAGCUGAACCUGUCAUGAAGCUUUAUACUGAAGCAACAGAUGGUUCAUUUAUCGAAACUAAGGAGAGUGCCUUGGUCUGGCAUUAUAGAGAUGCUGACCCAGGUUUUGGGUCUUGUCAAGCAAAGGAGAUGUUAGAUCAUCUAGAAAGUGUUUUAGCAAAUGAGCCUGUUUCUGUAAAAAGUGGCCAGCAUAUUGUUGAAGUCAAGCCUCAGGGUGUAAGUAAAGGUCUAGUUGCGGAGAAGAUAUUCACCAAAAUGGCGGAGAAUGGAAAGCGUGCUGAUUUUGUUUGCUGUGUUGGUGAUGAUAGAUCUGAUGAAGACAUGUUUGAGAUCAUUGGGAGUGCGAUGAACAGUGGUAUACUGUCAGCGAAUACGUCAGUGUACGCUUGUACGGUCGGACAAAAGCCGAGCAAGGCAAAAUAUUAUUUGGAUGAUACCGCUGAAGUCAUAAACAUGCUUGAUGCCCUUGCUGAAGUUUCAGACCCUGUAACGUCAAGUGACGAUGAGACAGGAAGCCCCUCUUGAUAGUUGCUUCAGUUAUUUUUCAAGUAAAUAUUGCUUUAGUCUUCAAAAUAGCAUAACUCAAGGAUUUCCUUUCUUGCCUGAUACCUCUGGGACCAAGUUGGUUCAUACCCUAGUGGGCAAUCCAGAAAAUGUCUGAAAUUGAAUCUGGCUGAACAAUUGAGGUGGGGGAUGGGUCUUUUGAGAACUUUUUUUCCGGAUUGCCUAAAGGUAUACGCAAUUGAUAUUUUCAUGCUUGGAAAAGGCUGAUUAGGAUUGGCAAAUGGGGGACUUUGCUGCGUCAAAUGUACAUAGGGAGGCUCACCAGGCUUUGCCAUUGGAUCCGUUCUGAAAUUUGUCAUAUGUAAGAGUUGCUUUGUUCCAUUUAACUGCCUGGUUGGUGAUUGACUCGUAUAAGUAUUGAAGUCAGAUGUCUGGCAAGAACAUAACGGGUUGGCUUGUAACUUGCCGCAUUGAGUUGUGGGUAUAGAUGUUUUAGCAAUUGUUCUUUGCCUCACCCCUCUAUUCUGAGAGAGUGAAUUCAUUUUAUGUUUACCUGACAAUGUUGAAUUCUUUAGUAGGUGUACUCCAUAGGCAAUUGUUUGGGCUGCUGAUUAUAUUUUAAAAUGCCAGAAUAGGAGUGUUACUCAUUCUUUAUUAAGAUUUCUUCAAGAUGUGAAGCAGCAAAAGAUUGCUGCAUAUAAUGAUUCUGCCUUCGGUACAUUCAUAGUCUGUACUCCGUAGUACUAGUAUUAAAAUUUUCAGACCCUCCUUCAGUGAUUGCAAUGUAUUAAGGCUUGCAAUUGCUCUUUUAAA